CCGCGGAGGUGGAGCACUCCGCUGGCUGCAGGUAGCGGUCACUUGGGCGGGGCAGGCUUCCUCGUCCAGUCCCUCCGCCCCUUCCCAGGGAGGACCAUGAAAGUUCCCGACAGGCCGCCCCUGACUCCACUGUGGGCACUGUUGUGUCUGCUGCUGGCGCUAGCCACGCGUGGGGGGGCAGAGGACGCGCCCACCUACCCGGUGUGGGACACUGACGCGCAGGAGCAGCUGCUGUGCCGCCGGUGCCCCCCCGGCACCUUCGUGCACCGGCCGUGCAGCCGGGGCCGCCCCACGGCGUGCCGCCCGUGCCCGCCGCAGCACUACACGCAGUUCUGGAACUACCUGGAGCGCUGCCGCUACUGCAACGUCAUCUGCGGCGAGGACGAGGAGGAGGCGCGGCCCUGCUCCGCCGUCCACAACCGCGCCUGCCGCUGCCGCCCCGGAUUCUUCGAGCUCUCGGGCUUCUGCCUGGAGCACGCCCCCUGCCUGCCGGGCUACGGCGUGGUCGCCCUCGGCACCCCGACCCAGAACACGCAGUGCCAGCUGUGCCCCCCAGGCACCUUCUCCGCCAACAGCUCCAGCACAGAGCAGUGCCAGCCCCACCGCAACUGCACGGCCCUGGGCCUGGCCCUCAACGUGCCGGGCUCCCCCUUCCACGACGCCAUGUGCACCAGCUGCCCAGGGUUCCCGCUCAGCAUCCCAGAGUCGGAGGCACCGUGGGACUGGAGGGGCGCAGGGACGGAGGAGUGCGAGCGGGCCCUGGUGGACUUCCUGGCUUUCCAGAACCUCUCCUUCCGGAGGCUCCUGCAGCUGCAGCAGGCGCUGGCUGGCCCCGGGGCGUGGAGGCCACUGCCGCCCCGGGAGGACCGCGUGUCCCUGCAGCAGCAGCUGUGGCAGCAGCUCACGGAGCUCCGGGAGGCCCGGCCCGGGGCGCUGGUGGAGGGGCUGCUGCAGGCCCUGCAGGCGGCGGGGCUGCCCAGGAUGGAGCGCGCCGUCCGGAAGCGGUUCCUCCCAGCGCCCUGAGCCCCGCCCCCUAUUUAUUCCUCGGAACCAGCACUGGAACCAGCACUGUCUCCAUAAAGGUGCUUUGUGAA